UGCCGCCAACGUCUCUAAACUCGACCCUGCUGUACUUUUCGUCUCGCGGGGAGGAGUCAGACGAGAGUUUCUUUAUUAAAAGUGACAUGUCAUAUCAACAUUAACGGUGAAUCUGAGAAUCUUCGACAGAAGGAAAAAGAUCGAAGGAAACUGACGGAACAGGAAGGCGGAACAAAUUUGCAGAGCGAGUGGAAACACAAAGCCCAAAAGAGUCCGCAAGACAACACUUCUGCCCCGGUUUGUUGACACGACCUUUUGACUGUAAAUAAUUCACCAGACGGCUUUCAAACUAAAAGAAAACUUGCCCCGGCGCCACCGCACGCAACCAUGUCCAUGGCCCUGAAACAAGUCUUCAACAAAGACAGGACAUUCCGGCCCAAGCGCAAGUUCGAGCCGGGCACGCAGCGCUUCGACCUCCACAAGAAGGCGCAGGCGUCCCUGAACGCCGGGCUGGACCUGAAGCAGGCGGUGCAGCUGCCGCACGGCGAGGACCUCAACGACUGGGUGGCGGUGCACGUGGUGGACUUCUUCAACCGCAUCAACCUCAUCUACGGCACCGUCAGCGACUCCUGCACCGACCAGAUCUGCCCCGUCAUGUCCGGCGGGCCCAAGUACGAGUACCGCUGGCAGGACGAGCACAAGUACAAGAGGCCCACGGCGCUGUCGGCGCCCAAGUACAUGAGCCUGCUCAUGGACUGGAUCGAGGUGCAGAUCAACAACGAGAACAUCUUCCCCACCAACGUAGGUACGCCGUUCCCCAAGACCUUCAUGCAGGUGGCCAAGAAGAUCCUGUCCCGCCUGUUCCGGGUGUUCGUCCACGUCUACAUCCACCACUUCGACCGGGUCAGCCAGAUGGGCGCCGAGGCCCACGUCAACACCUGCUACAAGCACUUCUACUACUUCGUCACGGAGUUCCACCUCACGGACCACAAGGAGCUGGAGCCGCUGAAGGAGAUGACCUCCCGGAUGUGUCACUGAGGAGCUCGCUGGGGGAACGCGCUCCGUCCUUCUAGAAGACAGCAGAACAAGUUAAAAGAGCAAAAGAGUCUAUUUUUAUAUUUAAGUCGUGAUAUCUAUUCCAGCCGUGUGAGGCGUCCUGUUCCUUUAAGAAAGGUUUUAACAUGUUAUCGCAGUAUUAAAAGGUAUCAUACAUACAUUUAUAUAUAUAUCUUUGUGUUGAUGUUUUUUUUCCUAUUUUAUUUGAAUCUCAAAUCAUUCCAGGAUGCUUUUUUUUUUGUCUAAAAUUAUCUUGAAAUUCUUUUAUGAUGUUUUUUCUUACCGUCCAUCUAUAAAUCACGAUGUUGGAGAUGAUCCUCUACUCUGUGUAUAACUUUAAUUUGGCUAUCAAUCAGUAUUUUAUGAACUUUGAAUAAUGUUUCUUUUCCUUUCAUCAGGCAGAUAAAGUUUAAUGUUCACAUGUUACAAGAUUUUUUUGUUUGUUUCCGGGAGUAUUUUCUGUAUUUUGGAGAACUUUCAUGAAUUUAAAUAAACUGUAUACAAGUUGUACACAUUUAUAAAUAAACUAAGAGGAGAGUGAUGGCCUUAAA